AUGGAUUUGGAGAGUGAAAGCUCUGCGCUUGAGUCUGUUGAUGAUAAUGGUUUGAUCCAACAAAGUUCCAUCAACACUGCUGAUGACGGGUCCUUCUCAGAUGAGAGUGUGAAACUCGUUUCGUCUUCUACAGCGAGAAUCAGUGGCAAUGAACUCGGUAAAGCUAUGAAUUUUGAUUCUUUAGGUAGUAGUGCGUACUCUCCGGUCUCAAAAGGCCGUGGCUUGAGGAAAUGGAGGCGGAUCAGGAGAGACCUUGUUAAAGACACGUCUGCGAAUAUGGAGAAUAGUAAAGUUCUGAAGAGAGGGUUGUCGGGUUCUGCUCAUCCACACGGUAAACAAAUGCAGUUUCAGUCGCCGGAGCUCGAGCAAGAUAGUCAGGGAUCUGUUGGGUCUGUGAAUAUGUUAAGAAACGCCGCUGAUGAGUUUGAAAUACUUGGGAGUGGAUAUGAUUCUAGGUUUGUGGCUGGGGUUGGUUUUUCAGCUGGUGUGGAUGAUGAUCGGAGUAGCAAGUCAUCGACCGCUGCAAGAGCCCCGAAGGUUAUUAGGUAUGAGAAGCCAACGAUUAGUUCAGGAGGCCAGAGAGGGAAAAAUCGGGUAGAGAAUAGUAAAAAGCAUAGAGGAGAAAAGGUCGAGAUCGAGAAGGAGAACUCUCAGUCCAGCUUGGAAUCUGAUUCGAGGAAGCCGAGUGGAAGAAUGAUGGACCACGAUGGGAAAAAUGGCGAUGAAGCCGAUAUGAAUGAUAAUGCGAGAGGAGAAGGUGAAGAGUCGAUGAACAAUAAUAAUAAUCGUUUUUCAGAGGAACUGGAUCCAUUAGCAGAGGCCAUCGACGGUUUCCUCGCCUUGCAAGAGGCUCUUGUUAAAGAGGUUCAGCAAUUCCGGGAGAUUGGGAAAGAACCGAUGCCAGAACACCAUGAAGGAGCCGGUGAAGUAAUCUCACCUCGCUCGGAGAUUGUAACCCUUGUGAACAAUGUCGAACAACUGGAGGUCAAGCUACAAGAAACAAGGUCCAUGCUUGAGGUGAAAGAAUCACACAUUCGUGACCUUGAAUCCACUACUCACCAAAACAGACACUCACGGGGAGAAGCAGGAAACGUUCAUCAAGGAACAGAGACAGUGGUCGAAGAUAUGUUUCGGCAAAGGAUUGAGGCCGAGAUUGAGUAUCUGAUAUACUCAACAUCCAUUGAUAACUUGAACUGUCAGAUGAAGCUGGUUGAAGCACAAGAGGCAUUGGCAGAAGAUCAAGCUCAUGAGACGCUGAACAAGCUCGAAGAAGUAGAAACGAAGGCUGCAAAUUUAGCAAACAAAGCUCAAGACCUGCAAAACGUGUGCACAGAAACCCCUGGAACCAUCAAGAAGAGAGCAUGUAAGAUCACUUCGUGCUUCCUUAUACAGUUAGUAUUGCUGCUAACGGUAGUUUUGUUGUUCAUGAACCAAUUGUUGCCGGAGUCGGAUAUUGUCGUACCCACAUGA